AUGUGGAAGUCUAAUGAAGGAGGGCCAAGAGACACCAUCAUACUGUAUGUGGAGAGUGGUAAUGCUCCACUUGCAGUUGAAGUUCCUGAUGGUGCAGGGGUUGGUGUAGGAGCUGGUGCAUGGGCUACUAUAGGGGGUGCAGGGGCUGCUAUAGGGGGUGCAGGGGCUAGUGUAGGGAGUGGUGCAAGAGCUGCUACAGGGGGUGAUGGUGUGGAGGAGGAGUUUGAUUGGUUGAAUGAAGGUCUGGAAGGAGAAGACUUUGUUGAUGACAUUUUUGAUGCAGCUGGCCCAAGCAAUGUUCCUCCUCCAAACAUAGAUUUAGAUGAAGAGUGGGCUGAACUAGCUUUAGAGGAUGAUAUUGCAAGUGUGGAUAGUUCUGAUGAUGAGCAGGGGCCCGGCAAUUUGGAGUUUAAUGAGAGGACUGAUAUGGAAAAUGUUAGGUUGGCAAAAGGGAUGAAGUUCCCAAACUCCCAGGUGUUUAGGAAGGCUUUGAGGGAGUAUGUGAUUCAGAAUCACAUUGAUGUCAAGUGGAAGUUGAAUGAGAAGAAGAAGAUUUCUGUACAUUAUAAGAACAAUUGUGGAUGGAGGUGUUAUGCCUCAAUGGUGACUGGAGAGUGCACAUUUGAGAUCAAGACACUUUAUCCUAAGUGUACCUCCCCCCUAUCAUUUAAAAAUGGGCAAGUUACAUCAGCCUAUGUGGCAAAGAGGUAUUUGGAGGAUUUUGGUAAGAAUCCUAAUUGGGAGGUCUCAGGUGUUAAGCACCAUGUGAUGCAAAAGAUUUUAGUUGAUUUAAGUCUUAGUCAUGUGUAUAGAUCAAGGAAGGCAGCUAGGGGGCUGAUUACUGGGAAUGAAGAGGCUCAGUAUGGCCUACUUAGAGAUUAUGCAGAAUUGAUAUUAAGGACAGAUGUAGGAAGUAGGGUUGGCUUUCUAGAUGGUUGUAGACCUUUUGUUGGGCUGGAUGGAUGCCACUUGAAGGGUAAGUUUGGUGGGCAAUUAUUGUCUGCCACUGCCAAGGAUGGAAAUGACAAUAUAUUCCUAGUGGCAAUGGCUGUGGUUGAGCAAGAGAACAAGGAUAGCUGGACCUGGUUCUUGGAGCAGUUUGCUGAUGACAUUGGCAGGCCAAAUGAGCUCAAUCUGGUAUUCAUCAGUGACAGGCAGAAGGGCCUUUUACUUGCAAUGGAGACUCUAUUCCCAACUGUGGAGCACAGGUAUUGUGUGAAGUACAUAUACAACAACUUCAAGGUUAACCACAAGGGCAUGAAGUUGAAGAGUGCUAGAGACAAGCCCAUCUUAUCAAUGCUGGAGUGGAUCAGAGUUAGGCUUAUGAGCAGGUUGUAUAUAAAGAAGGCUGGUAUAGAAAAGUAUGGUGGCAAUUUGUGUCCAAGCAUACAAAAAAAGUUGGAGCAGUUAAAAUUAGAGUGUAAGAGUUUCUGUGCAGUUCCUUCUAAGAGGUUUGUGUAUGAGGUUGACAAUGAGAGGGAAAGGCAUGUGGUGGACUUGGUAAAUAGGACAAGCAGUUGUAGAGUAUGGGACUUGACAGGAAUCCCUUGUAAGCAUGGAGUUGCAACCAUUAUUGUGAAUCGUGAGAAACUAGAAGACUACACCCAUCCAUGCUACUACAAGGAUGCUUAUGUGGAGACAUACAAGACACCCAUACCUCCCAUGCCUGGCUAG